AUGUUGACUGGGUUUAUCUCGUCCAUGUCUUUGCACCUGUCUCGUAAACGCGCAGCGGACACAUUUCUGGAGCUCCUCACCAAUUCAUCUUCUCUGAUCAUUGUACUUCUGAAUGAGCUGUCUGCGGUGUUCGAAUCCGUCGAGCUUCCCGAUCCGCCGGAACAAAUCAUCGUGCGUUAUCUAGAAACAUUUCCCGAGAGCAGUCUAGCAAAUAUUUUGGCGAAGGAGCAACAAAGGAAAAACCUCAAUAUUAUAGCAGGCGAUAUCCUGUCAAGCUUCCUGGACUCAAAAGUCAAUAGCUGCCCGCUUCUGAGAAAUUUUCUCUGCGAAAUUUUAGCCAAUGUGCUAUUUGAGUCAACCAUCUCCAGUCUUUCGAGACCGGAGGUUAUCAAUGGCUGGAUCAUACAUCUCCUCAGCAAAGGCGAAUUUGAGAUAAUGACUGCUAUAGACGCCGGAGUGGAAACGGCUCAGAAGCAAGGCGUGGCCGCAGUCAUAGCCACCAACAACCUCAAUAACGUAAAUAAGUCUUUAUCGACAAUGCCAGACAACGCAAAGACUCUCAGAAAUGCUCAGCAAGAAUCAAGCGACACCGACAUGGCAACGGAAGAAGCUGAAGUGGAGGCCAAGCGACUAAGUGACAUGAUUGCAGCACAUGAAUUGCAGAGGCAGAACCCAGAUAAAGCGAUAAAUGAUAACUCACGGAAUGAGACGACUUCGGUCGAUGACGCCCUUCGCAGGAACAGCUUACCUGCGGGCCACCCACGAUGUGCGGUCAAUAUUAUCAAGCAGUCACAAACAGAGGUCAUACGUGAUCAAUGUGAGGCUGAAUUUAAAGAAGCUUCUAAACUCUCUAAGUCUCCAUCUGCUGCAUCCACAUGUCUCAAUGACCCGAACUCGAAAAAUACGUUGCCGGUGUCAAUAGCUCCAUCGUCCAGCUUGACUCUUUACCGAGCCUCUAUAACGGUAGAAACCGAUUCUGAGCUUGGGGGGAAAGGAAUGUUCCGCUUAAAACCAACAUCAACCUAUUUGCUUCAGGUUGAGCCGCUGUCGUCACGCUCCACCGGCUGGAUGGUUUUCAGAAAAUAUACUGAUUUCGAGUCGCUUCAUGAAACCUUGGAGACUAUCUCGAGACUAAACAAGAUUCGAGAUUUUGCAAAGGACCACCCAGCUUUACCCUCAUGGAAAGAUCAGACCAAAUCGGAUUUGGCAAAGAAUCUGGAACGCUAUCUUCAAGCUGCUCUGCUCCAUGAGUCCCUCGCAGAAAGUGAAAGGAUGAGGCGAUUCUUGGGAAAGGAUGAACAGCUUGGGUCUGGACCUACUAGUUCGUUUGGGAAAUCUGUAUUUCCCUUACCAAGACAAAGUGCGUUUGAAAACUUAGGGAAGGGGGUGUUAGGUGUAUUAGCAAGUGCACCCAAAAUCGUCUCAGGUGGCAAAACUGUUCCGGAGGGUAUGACUGGGGUUUUCAGUGGAGGCAUCAGCCAAACGCCGUUACCCGAAUCGGUUUUAGGUCAUGAUGCCAAGUCUGUGGAUCUUCCUCUUCAUGGAAACAAGUCACUAAAUAACAAUCUCAAAAAGGAGAGUGAAGGCUCAGCAAGAACUAGAUUUAUCUAUCAAUCUGGUAACCAUUUAUCCUCUAUACCCGGCUCCUUGCAACCAGGUGACGGAUGUUUUGCACAGUCAACGGAAAGUUUCUCCCAAGAAAACAGUUUGAAAAAGGCUGGUUUAAAAGGGGAAGACUUUCCUGGCGUUAUUGCCGAAAAUCUAGCCGGGGAGGCAAAACCGAGUAUGCAUACGGCAUCAAUUCCUGAGAACAAAGCUCCAAUUGACCGGCUGUAUAUUGGAGACAAUGAAAUGGGUUCUUCGCACGAAGCCAGCAAAGGACAGACCUCACAGAGUGCUGGGCCGAAUGAUCUGAAGAACCACAAGAGUCCAAUAACACAGGAGGAGACCCGUCUAGCAGUGGAACUCAUUUUUGCGGUAAUCAAUGAACUAUACACCCUGUCUUCCGCAUGGAACAUACGCCGGACCUUGCUCAACGCGGCAAAGUCAUAUAUACUACGUCCUGGCAACCCUAACUUGGAGACAAUACGCAGGCUGUUGCAGGAAUCAAUGAUUGAUGGUCAUACCUCGGAUGAGGCAGUUGGGAUGUAUCUCAAUAAACUGCGUGAGAACAUAUUUCCGACAGAAACAGAAUUGAAACACUGGCCUCCGCCCUCUAGCAAUGCGGAAAAAGAACAACUUAAGGAGACUGCCCGAAAGGUGUUUAUCAAACAAGGCCUACCGCAGGCACUCACAAGUGUUAUGGGUACAAGUGCUAGUAGGGAAGCCCUGGGGAAGAACAGUUAG